AAUUGCGAGUGUUAGCUGAGUUGCCCGAAUUAACGUUAGCUGGCGUCAGUGUGACGAAGUUUAAUUUUUUUUCUAGCGAGUUUUGGAGAUGUUAUUGCCAUAAUACCACGUAAAAUAUCCAAAAAUAAAAUAUAAAUCUUUCUGCUACGGUAUUUUGGAAACUCAUUCAGCGGCCACGUAUACGAAUCUAGAUGGCAAAAGCAGGAUGGCGUCAUUUGGCUGGAAGAGGAAAGUUGGGGAGAAGGUGUCCAAGUCAGUGGUGCAGCAGUUUGAGGCAGAAGCGGAGAAAGCUGUGGAUGAUGGGCCAAGUCAGGACCCCGAGGUGGAUUGGCUGCACGCUAUCAAACGACGGCGGGAGAUCCUGCUGGAGGACUGUGCUGCCAAGGGCAAGAGACUGAAGGAGGAGGGUGCCCUGUUGGCUGAGCAUGGCAGGCACUGGGAGGCCAUCAAGAAGUGGGAUGAGGCCAUUCAGUUGACUCCAGACAACCCACUACUGUAUGAAAUGAAGUCCCAGGUGCUGACCAAUCUGCAGGAAGUCUUUCCAGCUGUGAAGGCAGCAGAGAUGGCAGUGAAGUUCCGGCCAUUGUGGUGGGAGGGCUGGCAGACCUUGGGUCGGGCACAGCUCAACUUGGGAGAGGUGGACCUAGCUGUGAGGUCAUUCCAGAUUGCCAUCCACCAGUGCCCAUCAGAGCGCACCCUGUGGCAGGAAGACCUUACCUGGGCUUGGAGGUUACAGAAGCAGCAAACGGCAACCAAGGAGAAGAUUCGGCAAGAGGAGGAGACUAAAAAAGAGAUCCUUAAUGCCCCUGAGCUUAAUCAGGACUAUGAUUUUGAGUCUGACGAAGUGCUAGCUGCUUGUGUGGCUGUCGCUGAGCGACAGACACGGUAUGAGGAGCUAAAGAGGACCGCUGUAAUCAUAGAUGCUGAGGGGAAUGUAAAAAAUGUACUCACAGGGGAGGAGGGAUCAGCGGACUCAGCCACACCAUCAAAGGAAGAGUUUGUCAAAGCAAGAGGACUUUGAAGAGAAUAUAAAUGACUUUCAAGGUUCCGCUUUUGUUUUUGUCUUUUUUGGGGGGUGGGGGGGGGAUAGAUGGCUUUAAAUAUAAGCAUUUGAAGCUGUGGCAAAAAUAUUCCUGUUAUCAGAGGUAAAGAUGAAAACCAAUUCUUGUGAAUGUUAAUAUGUACAAAUUAAGACAGUUGAGUUUUACUCACGUGUGUCUGAAUCCCAUUCAUGUAAAUAGUAGUAAAUGUGCAUGUGAUAAUUAAGCUGUAACAUAAUGUGGUUUCAGACAGCAGUAAAAACAGCCUGAGGGUCAGAUUUCAAUCUGUGAAGGUCCGUUCAUGAAUUACUGAGGAUUCAUCCUGAUAUUUGUAGAAAUAUAAACUUUAUUUGCUUCUAGUUGUGUUUAAAAAUAAUGUGGACACUUGAAUUGAGAGAUUUUAACUUCCCUAAUUUACAUGAAAAUUACAACAUUUGCUUGUUAAAAUCUUACAGCCACAAUCUUUAUGUGCGAUUGUAAAGUACAGAGAAAAUUCACGAGACUUGUGGUUACAUUUUACUCUUGAGGUGUCUGUGAAUAUGAUUGUUUGUGAAAUAGGAUGUGGAUUAAAACACGAAUUAUGCUCAGCAAAUUGUCAGUAAGUAAAUAAACAA